AUUCUCCCUCCACGUAACAAACUCUUCAUUUUUUAUUUUAUUUUUAUUUUUGAAAAAAAUAUAUAACGUCGUUUAUCGCCGGUGACCGGAAGUAGAAGAAUAACUAGCGGAGUAGAGUGAAAUCGUUAUUCGAAUUCGAAACCGACAACAAUUCUUCCCGCGAAAAGGAGGCAAAGUUUUAAUCGGAACAGAAGCAGGAGAACAACAAAAGAAGCUCAAAGACGUUCACCAUGAACUUCUCAGCACUCUUCAUCAUCAUCACGAUCAUCUUGUUUCUUAUCAGUCAUCUCGUAAACUCUACCGCAGAACCUCGUCUGCCUCGCGUCAUCACACCAUUUCCCGCGCCAAAGUUAACGGACCUUUCUCAGUUUCAAGGUAAGCACAAGGAGAGUUUGUAUUGGGGAACUUAUCGUCCCCAUAUCUAUCUCGGAAUUCGUGCCAGGACUCCACAAUCUUUGAUGGCUGGAUUAAUGUGGAACUAUGUGGAGGAUGACUCGUACCACUUGCGGCAUGUUUGUAAACAAGAAGAUGAUCUAAGUGCUUAUGGAUGGAUAAAGCAUGAUGGACGUGAUUUUGGGCAUCAGGUACUGGUUGAUCAUGGCAUGAUUUUGAAUACUUCCUUUUUAAAAUCAAAAGGAGAAGGCAGUGGUUACGGAGGGGAUUGGGCAGUUCGACUUGAUGUGCAAGUUGAUAGGUCUAAGUGGAAUAAGAAACAUGAGAGUAGUGCCCAACUCUUUUUCUAUUUGGCUGAUGAGGGUGGCAAUGCUCUACAUUUAAGUAGUCAAAACUUGAACGUUCACGAGGAUUCUUUACUUGCGUCUGGCUCUCGAAUAGACAUUGGAGACUGGCAGCUACAUUUAAAAUCAUCGGAUGAUCUGGAGCUGCAUUAUUCUGGAUUUCACACACCUUACUUUCACAAUUUGUCUGAUCUUGUUGAGGAAACUCUUGUGACACAAAGAAGAAAGCAUGGCCGAAUGCAGCUACCUGACUCCUCAGAUGAUUUACCAAAUGUGUUGGUCUUUCAGAUUAUAGGUGGGUUCCCUUUCACAUCAGAUAUUAUACUUGUCUCAGAAACUAAUUCAGAAAGUUCAAGAGUAGAAGAACGUCUCAACAGUCUUACAGUUGUAUGUUUGUUCUUCUGCUCAACGUUAGGUAUCUCAUUGUCCAACGAACUGAAAUAUAAAGAGCAGGCAUUUGAUGAAAAGAUUGAGAAAAUAUUCAAUUUGGCUGAUAAGGUGGAUUCAGAUUCCAUUUCUGUUGGCAAGGCUGCUGUUGGAAACUUGUUAGGUGGAAUCGGUUACUUCUACGGCCAGUCAAAAAUUGCUCUGUCAGGAAACCCAAACCAUAAAGAACACGUUCCUUAUAUAUCAUAUUGGCCUGCUGAGCUUUACACAGCUGUACCAUGUCGAUCAACCUUCCCUAGAGGAUUUUUAUGGGAUGAAGGUUUUCAUCAACUUCUAAUCUGGCGUUGGGAUAUUCAUAUUUCAUUGGAUAUCAUUGGACACUGGUUGGAUUUGAUUAACAUUGAUGGGUGGAUACCACGAGAACAAAUUCUGGGGGCUGAAGCAUUAAGUAGGGUCCCAGAAGAAUAUGUUCCUCAGCAUCCAACAAAUGGAAAUCCUCCAACUAUGCUUUUAGCAUUAAGUGGUAUAAUCAAUGCCUUGAAGAAUAGUGAGUUUAAUGCGAUGGAUAGAAGUGAGAUCUCUCUGUUCCUGGAGUGUGCCUUUGGUCGAUUAGAAGCAUGGUUCCAAUGGUUGAAUAUAACUCAGUCAGGGGAACAGAUGAGCAGCUACUAUUGGCAUGGACGGGACAAUGUGACAACAUUUGAAUUAAAUCCUCAGACGCUGUCCUCUGGAUUCGAUGAUUACCCGCGUGCUUCUCACCCAAGUGCAGAUGAACGCCACUUGGAUCUUAGAUGUUGGGUGUUACUUGCAGCAGAAUGUAUGCAUUCCAUUGAACAGUUUUUGAAUAAGGAAACCAAACCUGGCAGGAGUUAUGGUUCUACUGCUAAAUUGCUAUCAGAUAUUGAGUUACUGAACCAGGUAUUUGCCUGCGCUCCCCCUCUUCCUUUCUUCAGAGCUGUUGCACACCUUGAUAUUUCAUUAUGCAUCUCUGCUGUUGAUAUUUCAUUAUGUCCCAUUCAGUUGCAUUUUGAUGACGCCUAUGGUGCUUACUUUGAUUUUGGAAAUCAUUCGGAAAAGGUUCAACUUAAAUGGAAAGAAUUGAAAGUGGGACACAAUCAUGCUACUCGCCAGCUUGUCCGAGAAGUUUUGGAGAGGCCUGUAUUGAGACUGGUUCCUCAAAUCGGAUAUGUCAGUUUCUUUCCAUUCAUGGGGAGAAUCAUUUCAUCUGGAUCAUUGAUUCUGGAAAAGCAGCUUGAACUCAUUUCAAAUCGCAGCCUAUUAUGGACUGACUAUGGUCUACGUUCUCUUGCCAAAACAAGUUCCUUGUACAUGAAAUACAACACAGAACAUGAUGCUCCAUAUUGGAGAGGCACAAUUUGGAUAAACAUGAAUUACAGAGUUCUUUCAGCGCUCCACCAUUACUCCAAAGAGAGUGGGCCAUAUCAGGACAAAGCUAAAGCCAUGUACAAAGAGUUGAGGAGCAAUUUAAUUAGAAAUAUAGUACGCAAUUAUCAACAGACUGGAUUUUUGUGGGAGCAGUACGAUCAGAUUAAGGGAAAUGGAAAAGGGGCACAUCCAUUUACAGGUUGGACAUCAGUUGUAGUAUUAAUCAUGGCGGAAGCAUAUGACACAAUUUAAGACAACACAUGCUCUUUUCUCAGCUUUCAUUCAAAAGUACCACGAGGCAAUAUGUUAUGGCUAGAAUUUAAACUUAAUUAUUCAAGCUACGCCUUGGAGACGAUGUAGUUGAAAUGUAUUAAUAUACAUAUACUAGUAGGUAAAUGUUUCUUGCACAAAUCAUAAAUUGUUUUAACAAUUUUUUAUGUAAAAAGUAAAAACAUAAAAUAUUUAAAGGUGACCCCCACAAUGAUCCACAUUAUGUAAUCACAUAUUAUAUCUUUGAUAUUUAACCCGUUGUACACUGCCAUCA